AUGGCCCAGACUACGUCACCGGCCCUGUCGGACAUCAUCUUCCCGACAACCGCCAACCACAACUUUUCGCACAUCCUCACGGACCUGAAGCGGUCCAACCUAUCCAUCGCGAACCGCCUGCGCUCUUGCAAGCAAGAUGCGGAGUUCGUGAAGGAGGUGGCAACGUGCUACAACCGCCCCCUCGUCGCUAAUGAACGGUGCGGGAGCUGGUACGUCCGGCCCGAGGAGAAGGCGGCGAGCGCCUACUUCAAGAGCACCGACGGCCACACCAACGCCUGGAAGUUUAGCACGCGGAGGUUGAACCUGCACUUGCUUGAAGUUCUAGGGAAACAUGACGGCUGCAUCAUCGUAGACUCAACCCGCCGCGGCAAAAGAAUGCCCGACGCCCUCAGCAAAACCAUCCCGGUAUGGUGCACCGUCCUCAACAUGGCCCUCUUCCCGGACCACCCCAAAUCAUCCCUCCUCCACACCCCUCCCAACGUCGUCUCGGCCUCAGAACACUCCCAAAUCGCCGCCCUCCUCCCCUCCUUCCUCGCCUCCCUCAAAGCCCUCAACCUCGACCUGUCCGCCGCCAGGGCCCACGUCUCCAAACCCCUCCGCCCCUUCUGGAUUACCCAGGAAACGUCUCUCUCGGAGACGUCCACCGUCUUCGACGACCACCACCCCGUCAUCUGCCUCACCUCCUCUCGCCGCGUCGCCGGCACGGAGCUCUCCGAGGCGGGCUACAUCCAGGGUGCCGGCGACGACACGGAGAACUGGGCCCUCGGUCUCACCGCGGACGUCUUCUGGUCCAACGCGGACACGCUCCUCUCGGCGCCCGAGGCGGAUCUGCCGGCCCUCGUCACGGACCUCGUCGCCGGAAGCAAGCAGACCGCCAGGACUACAGCCCCGAAACAGGUGGCCCCUAAAAUCUCCGUGUGCCCCCUCCCCCUGGAUGACGAAUCUGAUUCACCCGGGGACGCAGCGGCAGUGUGCAGGGUCGCACUCACGCAAGACGUGACACAGCGCGAGACGUGGGUGAAGUCCCCGAGGCACAUGCAGGUUGGCCUCGGGAAGCACAAGGUCGCCAGCCGGAACCUGCGCCAGGCACUUCCCGACGUCUGCGCCUUCGUCUCGCGCUUCUUUGACGAGAACCGGAACGGCAACGUCGUGUUCGCGUGCGAGACGGGCAAGGACCUGGCCAUUGGUGCGGCGCUGGCGGUCUACUGCUGGUGUUUCGAUCAGGAGGGCAACUACCGCGCGGCAGACUCCAAGACGACGUUCUUCAACAAGGACAUGAUCCGCGUCAGGCUGGGGACAAUCAUGACCGCGUACCCCGAAGCCAAUGCCAACAGAGCCACUCUGCAAAGCGUGAACAGUUUCCUCAUGGAUAGGAGAUGA